AAAUUGGAACAAAGGCAGAGAGAGGCACCGGAGACGCGCCUUCAUACUCUCAGAACCGCCGCACCGCCGCCAGUAGCAUAUGGACGCCUCCGCCGGAGAGCCACCGCCACUGAUGGACGCAGAGAUCAUCCGCCUGGCUCAAAAUCACCUUCACCACCAGAGCUCCUCCCCCGUCCCUCCCUACCUCCUCUCUCCGCACUCUCACUCCACUAUCAUCUCCCACCUCACCUCACGCGCCGCCGCCUCCCCAAGCCCCUCCGCCGCCGUCUCCGAGUACACGAUCGCCCUCCUCUCCCUCCUCUCCCUCUCUCCCCAGACCCCUCCCCUCCCGUCUCUCCUCUCCUCCCUCCUUGUCUCCUAUGCUCGCAUUUUCGCUUCCCGCCAAAUCGCUCACGACUCCAAUUCCCUUAAAACCAUUCAGCUCUUCAACACGCUCAUACAUCAUUUACCCAUCAGCGACAUUCAGACCGUAGUGGAUUCGAUCAUGUCGAGUUUGUCAGAGAUAGGGACCUUAGAUGAUGCUCAGCUGCUCGAUCUUUUGCCCAAAUGCCUCAGCCUGAUCCGAGGCUCUAAUGAGAUUGAAGGAGCUGAGGAUUUCAUGAAUUCGACAAUGGAUCGACUCUUCGACUGCGUGUGGUCUAAGGAUCUUUUACUAAAACUGGUUUCGCUCGUGAAGGACUUUGCUUUUCUCGGCAGAGAAAGAGGGAGAGAGUUUAUGGAAAAGGUUUUUGAGGGGAUGGAGAGUGUAGAAUUACAGGAUCUGCCUUUGCUAGUUUAUCAGCUGCUGGUUUUGGCAUCGAAGGGGUUUUGCAAGAGGGAGGUGAUUGAGGGCAUUGUGCUGUUCUUUGGUUCAAAAUCGGGGAGAAAAGGUGGUUCGAUCUUUAGGCAAGUUGAGGGAACCGUGUUGCUUCACCUAAAUUUUGCUGUGAAGCAGGAUCCUUCCCUCGGGCAAGAGGUUAUGGGUUUGCUGAAAUCUGAUUCCCGGGCUUUCAAUCAUUUUACCAUUGCUGUUGUGUUAUCGAUUGCAAGGAUUAAGAAGUUUAAUGAGAGCUCUAUGGGGAUUCUCAGAAAGGGAAUUCUUGCUGCAUAUUCCGAUUACACCUUUGCAAAAGGUUGCAGUUGGCUGUCGAAUGAAAUGCAGGAAGAGUUCUUCAACAGGGUCAGAGGAGUGGAAAAGGCUGUUUUAAAAGCUGUUAAUGAGAGUAACUAUGCAAGGGAGCAUAUUGUGCCUUCAAUUAUGCAGCUUGCUUUUCUACUGCUUACAUCAGUAGAAGAGGGAAAUGGUAAAUUUGCCAGGAGCUCUGAAUCUAUUGAUUGCCCAUUGGGUAUUGAGGAGCUUGGCGUUCAAAUACUAAAAACAAUGUUUGAGGUUCAUGAUAUGGCCAGGAGCGAGAUUAUUGAGCAAUGCAAAUUUAGGAUCCUUUCUAUGAGGCCUCGGCAAAGCAUGCCAAUUAUAAGACUGCUUGGCAAUCUUAUACAGAGUUAUCCUUACCAAAUGUUGGAGCAUGUUUCCCGAUUGAAGGAGUUGCUGGAUUAUUUCACAUUUAUGGAUGGCACGCUUGCUGCUUAUCUCAUCAAUUCACUUUUGCCUCUGAUCAAAUUCAGCCGUGAUCUUUUGAAUUAUAUUAUUCUAGUUGUACGUAAGGCCAUGUUUAGGCGAGAAGAUGCAAUUCGUCUAGCUGCAGUGACUGCCAUUAUUGACCUUAUCUUGGCGGAGAAAAAAUCUAAGACAGAUGACCAUUUUUCCUGUCAAGAUUCUUCAAGCCAACCAAGUUCUAGUCAACAAGCUGAGGUUCUCUGUGACAUUAGGGGAGGCCUCUUUCAGGAGCUGAUUGGUUUGCUUCAAAGAUGUCUCUACCAGCAGGCAAAUGUAAAGAAGGUCAUGUAUAGUGGGCUUUUGAAGCUUGUACUGGUGGACCCGCCAAGUGCUGGAGCAGUCUUCGAUCUUCUUCUGCCUCAUUUUUUGCGGUUUUUUAAGGAGGACCCCGAUGUUCUUAUUGAUAUAAGCAGUUGCGUCAAGUCAGAAAGUGGUAAAUACUACAUUGAGGAGCCUUUAGAUAAUCUCAUAUCCUGUAUAUCCUGGAUCCUCCUCCUUCACCCUCAAGGAAAAACCAAACGCCCUCCAGAUUCUCCAUGGCCUUGCUUUGGUUUCUCUCUUUCACAAGAACCUGAGGCCGGAAGAACCUUAUCGUUUGAGUCAUUCUCCACUGCUUUGUUGAAGAUCCGAGAUCUAGGCACUGGAAAAUUGGAAGCCAUUCUUGGGCAGAGAGAUGGUGCAGCCUCGAAUUCACAUGACAAGGAGAGAACCAAAUGCUGUGCUGUUGUUUUAUCAGGAAUAAUUGGGGUGAUGCUGAACAAUAUUGCAUCAGAAUUGGAGAAAUCAACGGGUCAUGAGAAAGCAGACCUUGAGAAGGAGCUUCUAAGCUUUAUUGAACUUCACCAUUCUCUGGAAAUGAUUAUAGCCACAUCAAAGCAAAUUGAUGGAAUCAAAAAGGCAAAUCUGCGAACUACUCUACGUGAUUUCGGCGGGAAUUCCGAAUUGGGUUGCACAAUUUUCGCAAAAGAAGAGAUCCCCUUCUUGUCAACUUCAAGUAUCUGUUACCUUAUAGAAACUGUGAUGGUUCUACACAAAAAUGAAGUCUUGAAUUCCAGCGCAACAUCUCAAAAGCAGAGCCAGGCAUCCGCUGGCAAGGCCUCGAAAUGCUCUAAACUGAUUGGUUUCACCUUGAGUAGUCUUCUUCGGCACAUCAAGACCAGCCCUGCUGUAGGAGGGGAAGAUCCUCUGAGUACUCUUACUUAUGGAGAUAUUAAGGUUUUGGGGACCCCCUUGCUGAAACUGAUCUUUCUGCUGAAAUCAGGUCCAUUGCUUAAUUCGAGCCAGCCGAAAGCUAGGAUUGACGACCAAAAGGAGCAUCUCUAUCAGGCAAUGAUUUGCUUCAGGGAGUUGCUCACCAUCUGUUCACAGAAUCCCCAUUUCACCUCAUUCGUUGAAGGUCUAUCAUCAGUCUCUGUCAUCGAGUAUGGUUUGGACAAUGAAUGUGAGGACAGUAUACCGGACGAUGAACAACAUACACGGUCACUGGACCUUCUUAUGGUGAAAACCCUAAGGCCACUCUUAUCCGAUCUCCUUGCCCUUUCAUCCCAUCGUGAAGUUGAGGUUCUAUGUGACAUGAUAUUGAAGAUUGGGAGGAAGUUGCCUAGCAUGUUGAGUAACUCUCAUGGAUCUUGGGCUCAUGAAAUCUGCAAAAGCAAUCGCAUCAAGAACCCAAAAGUUGCUAAAAGUGUGGCAACAAUUUCCAUCUGCUUAAGUUUCCCUCCGAAUGAUGUAAUAAUUGCUCAAGCUUUGGCGGAGGAGCUAUUAAAAGUUUUGGGUUCGGAGUCAAGUGAUCCAAUGGAAGUUUCGGAAUCAUAUCCAAUCAUCAAUAAGUUUACAACUGUUGUAUUGAUCUCAUGUCUUCUGCAAUUGAUUGAGACAUUUAUUGCCGAUAUAGAUUGGGCUGUGAAGAAACUGAAGGCGUUUCCUCUCUCCAGGCAAAAACAAACUUGCUUUGAUCAGGAAAGAGAACCUGCUCUAAAUAUUGGGUUGGUGUUUGAGGCGCAACUCUACUCAAGGAGUGAAGCAGUCAUCAGGGUGUUAUCAUCAUUUAUUGUGAUGAACUUAAAGGAUACUCAAGCGGACCACUUGCUUAGACUACUUGCGAGGUUCUACAAACAAUUAGCUCAGAUGUCAAAGCUCAAGAUUGCUCCAAGAGGUUGCAAGCAGCUUCUCCCAGGCCUUAAAUUCGAGAAGCUCGUUGAGUUGACCUGCAAGCAGCUCACUGUUCCUCUCUAUAGCUUCAUGGCUGAUAUGCAAAAGGAACAACAGGAAAAUGGGAACCUUAAUAAAGGAAUGAUGGGGAAGAUCAAGAGGGAGAAUAAAUUCAUACCGGACUUAAUCUUCCAGAUAGAAGAUUACGAGAAGUACUUAAUCCGACUCAGUAAGGUGACCAAAGUGAACCUACUGAGGUAUGCAAAGAGAAGCACAGCAAGGGACUUCAAGAUAUUAGAGCCGGCGAGGGUAGGUGAGCAGGAAGAGGGUGAUGCUCCUGAAGGUGGAACCGAGCAACCUUGUACUGGAGAUGAAUUGGGCAAUGACUCUGUGGAAGACAACGAAGGGAGUGACCCCGCGAAUGCCUUGUCUCCUGAAUCAGGUCCCCAUUUGUCUGUCCAGGAAGGUGGGUCUGAUGGUGAGGAUGGGGAUGAUCUUCCUUCUGCCAAGAGGGUGAAGAAGGGUGGAAGAGUAGUUCAGGACUCCGACGAUGAUGAUGAAGUAUAACAGUUAACUAGCUAAUCAGUGAGUGAAUGAACUAUUUAGUGCUUAAUAGUCACUUUGUGUACAGUUUUUAUAUGAGCUUGGAACAUUUGAAGAAGAAUGGUUAAGAUAUACAGAUAUUUGUGUUUGGGUCCAUGACCGGAUGCCUUAAGAUUGCGGGCAUGGACAAUUUGUACA